GGAGGCUGGCUUGGUUCAGCUGCUAUGUGGGACGACUGGCCAGGAGUGGGGGGAGCCAUCGCUGUGAUACAACAAGCCGAUUGUUCCCGGCUUCUUGAGUCGUGCAGUGGAGUGCCAACGCAAGGCAAAUCUGCCCUCCAGCGGCCAGCUUGUGAACAGGGUUGCUAUUGACUUCUAGUCGCUGCAUUACCCAAGCAGCAUUCCAAGCACUGGAGGAGGGACCGGGGAGCAGUUUGGAACAUUAACAUCACUCAUCUUCACUAAUGCUCACAAAGGUGUGAGGCAGCUUGUGCGGCUACUCCUCUCAAGCAGUCCAUACACUCUAGUCAGGAGUGAAUAGCCUCUUUGGAUGCAGAUUGUUUGGUUCCUUUUGUGCCUUGCCCUUUCUGUGGCAUCUGCUGAGAAGCAGACAGAUGUGGCCCAGAAUGCCAACAAGCAGUAUCGUAGAAGCGUGGCCACAAACCAGGGCAAAUCUUGGUUGGUCAAUAACUGCAGGUGGCUGGGAAACCUCCUACGUCGAAAGAACGUUGUCGUCAGUAAACUGGAAGAUGCCGCGGCUGCUGUUAAGAGAGACCAAACACUUUCUGAACCUGAGCGUCACUUUCAGGUGCACACAAUUCAAGUUUUUCAGAAGGAGUUGAAUGAGAGCGAGCACAUGGUAUUCCAGGCGGUGCAUAGUCUCCAGAGGGCACUGCAGGGAGACUACAGGGACGUGGUCAACAUGAAGGAGAGCAGCAAACAGAGGUUGGAGGCUCUCAGGGAGGCAGCCAUACAGGAGGAACAGGACUAUGUUGAACUUUUGGCUGCAGAGAAGCACCACCAGGAGGCUGUAAAGAGUGUCCUUGCCAGGAAUAAGACUUUGUCUAUGGUCGACAAGAUCCUGGAGGAUGUCAGGAAGGCAGCAGACAGACUAGAAGAGGAGAUUGAGGAACAUGCCUUUGACAACAACAAGCAGAUGCAAGGAGUUAAUGUCGAAGCAGUGCUGAGAGUGGAGGAUGAUGAGGAGAAUGGAGGCAAGAGGAAGAACAAAUCAAGUCAGAGGGAAGCAGAAGCCGACUUAGGUCUAAGCAUGCUCAUUGACUCACAAAACAACCAGUAUGUGCUCACCAAACCCAGGGAUUCCACAAUGCCAAGAGCAGAUCAUCAUUUUAUCAAGGAUUUGGUCUCUGUGAUAAUGUUGUCACUACCCUGUGGCUGGAUGUGCACUCUGGUGGGUCUUCCUCCCAUGUUUGGAUACAUCAUCUGCGGGGUCCUGCUUGGACCAUCUGGACUCAACAGCAUUAAGUCUAUGGUCCAAGUGGAGACGCUGGGAGAACUUGGAGUGUUUUUUACCCUCUUUGUGGUGGGACUGGAGUUCUCCCCUGAGCGCCUUCGUAAGGUAUGGAAGAUAUCGGUGCAGGGUUCCUGCUACCUCUGUCUGCUCAUGGUUGUUAGCGGACUGUUAUGGGGACAAGCGCUGCAUAUUAAACCCAUCCAGACUGUCUUCAUAUCCACUUGUCUCUCCCUGUCCAGCACCCCAUUAGUGUCCCGUUUCUUAGUAGGGGGUAGCAGAGGGGAGAAGGAAGGUGAUCUUGACUACAGCAGUGUACUCCUUGGGACGUUAGUGAUGCAAGACGUUCAGCUCGGCCUAUUCAUUGCCGUCAUGCCCACUAUGAUCCAGGCUCAAAGUGGAGAGACAGACAGCUUCCUGUUUGGAAGUCUCCGUGUACUGUACCUCCUGGCACAGGUCCUGGUGUCUCUGGCUGUCGUGUUGCUUCUCUGUGGGUUGCUCAAAUCGUUUGUAGUUGGCGCCUUUUACAAGAAACUACAUGCUGAGAGCAAAGGCAACAAGGAGAUCCUGGUGCUGGGUGUAGCAGCUUUUGUUUUUUUCAUGCUCACGGUUACAGAGUUUCUGAAUGUUUCAAUGGAGUUAGGCUGUUUCCUGGCUGGAGCUUUGCUGUCCUCCCAAGGUCACAUGGUCACUGCAGAGGUCAAAGGAUGCUUUGAGCCAAUUCAAGAUUUCCUCGUCAUCAUCUUCUUUGCCUCUAUUGGUCUCCAUGUGUUCCCUACAUUUGUACUGUAUGAACUCACCAUUCUGAUGGCACUGACGCUCACGCUUGUCAUUCUCAAGUUCCUGAUGGCCGUGUUGGUGCUGUGUGUGAUCUUGCCGACCAGCUCUCGUCACAUUUGCUGGAUAGUCUCAGCUGGACUGGCGCAGGUCAGCGAGUUCUCCUUCGUCCUCAGCAGCCGUGCCCGUCGUGCAGGCAUCAUCUCAAGAGAGGUGUACCUGCUGGUUCUCAGUGUCAGCACCCUCAGCAUGCUACUGGCACCACUCCUGUGGAAAUUGACUACACACAAAUGGAUGUCACGAAGAACUAUGACAUGACCAGGACAAGACCUUACUAGGAGGUGGGAAAUCUGGGAGUAUCAGCACAAUUUCAAUUAUUCAUUUUGUAGCAUAUCAGAGUGAAAUGUUGUCAUUCGAUCCCAUCAUGUGGGGGCUGUCCAAAAGAAGGUUUUUGCUGAUAUUGCGCUAAGACAUGUUUAUAAUCUCACCUUCCAAAUUACAACACAUUUCUUCUAUUACACUCUUUUACAAUGGGUUUAAGCAACACCAUAUGCUACCUCUGUAGUUUUGGUUGGACCAAUUAUACUUUGAUACAUACAGUCACAACAACAAGUAGGUAAACACUUUGGAAUCUGCGUGAAUAUAAGUGUUCUAAUCUUCAUCUAAAUCACAAAAGUCUUUAUUCAGUUAUUUUAAACUAAUACCACACAUACAAUUCUAUGUUUUGAAUGAACACCACAACAGUACAUUGUGUGCGUGUGUGUGUGUGUGUGUGUGUGUGUGUGUGUGUGUGUGUGUGUGUGUGUGUGUGUGUGUGUCUGUGUGUGUGUGAGAGAUUGUUGCUGUUGUCACCAUGGUAACGAGUGCAACCAGUCGUGUUUGUAUUGAAAAAGCCCAGUGAUCGUAAACAAUGUGAUGUGGUAUCGGAAUACAACAUUUUAUUUCAGUAGUCUGACACAGUGCAAUUGUGAAAAACUAAAUUUGUCUUGUAGUCUGAUUCACAAUCACUGUAACACAGUGCCGCAAACAUAACAGAAAAGCCAUUUUUAUUCAUCCUCCUCCUGUUCACUGAAACCACUAAAGUAGAGUAUUAAGGUUGAACAACCUCAGAAAUUCUCACAUAUCAUAUCUCAGCCACUCCCAAUGUCAUAUUCAUCUUAAGUUUCUGCUGAGGUUACACUGUUCUCCUCACAAAGCACUCCUGCCUUUUAAUCUGUUAGUGAUAGUAGAUUCUUUCCCACUGCUUCACAUGUUUAAAAUCUUCCAUAAUAGCAUUCCAUGCAUCCGCUUUUUGUAAAAGUGUUUUAAAUGAAUUACAUUAAAAAUAGAUAUUUUGAAUUUGUGUGUGUCGUGCUGCUGUCAGGGCAACAAAAAGUAGCAUAGUCUUCUUCUACGGCCAAUUGAGGUAGUUUCUUCUAUGCCUACUGAACGUAAAUUCUCCUUUCUUUUCUCCACAUUGGAAGCCUCUGCCCACACAUAAAGUCAUUUCAAUGAAUUUGCAGGGAAACGCUCUCUGAUGCUUUGGUAUCAAUGGCGAGUACCGUAAAUCAUGUCAUCAUACUUAAAUAUGUAACAUCAGACACCAAAUAUUGUUUUGAAAGUAAAUGUAUACAUUCUGCAAAUCUAUUUACAAACCAUUCAAUAGAACGUGUUUAGGUAAAAGUCUUAAAAGCCAUAUGCAAUAUAUGCCAUAUGUUGAACACCAUCUGAAAAGGACCCCGACAUGCUUGACUAGUCUAGGAACUAUAGUUUCCUACCACCCACCAAAAGCAUUGAUGGUAGAAGAAUUGAAGCCUCUCGCUUGCCCGUUGGUGUGAAUGGUCGUUUCGAUGUGCCCUCAGCUUCGUUGGCGACCAGUUCAGGGUGUGCCCUGGCCCUCUCUCAAAGAUAGCAGGGAUAGGCUCCUGCAUGCCUGCGACCCGAGUGAAGACAAGUGGUACGGUAAUUGAAUGAAUGGAGCGGUCCAGGUGAUUCCAAAGGGAUCACAUACUUUUUCUUGGAACUUAUUGUAAAAAAUAAUGAUUACUGCACUAGUUACAUUGCAUUCCAGAUGAAUGUGCCUACACAACUUGCUGCUCUUCAUCCUGUUCAUCAGCUCUUCUAUGGGAUCAUCUUUGAUUUCUACUUCUCUAUGUAUCAACUGUGUGAAUUGAACUUGCCGUUUCUUGCUGUACUGCACAUACUGUACAUAUUACUGUCAAUGGAAAGAUACUCUUUGGUUUUGUCAUUUAUUUAUUAAAUAAAUUUAAAAAACA